AUGAACGGGCUGUCAUUCAGCGAGUUGUGUUGCUUGUUCUGCUGCCCACCCUGUCCGUCUCGUAUUGCGGCCAAACUUGCAUUCCUCCCACCAGAAAAGACCUAUGAUCUGAUUUCUGACGAGACUGGAUCUCGAUACAGUUUGCAUCUUACAGAGAGAGCAGAGUGGCAGUACAGCCAGCGAGAGCUGGAUAACAUUGAGGUGUUCUACACACGGACUAGCAAAAACAACAGGAUAGUGUGCAUGUUUGCCAGAUGUACCCCCAACGCGAAGUUCACAAUAUUAUUCAGCCAUGGAAAUGCUGUUGAUUUAGGUCAGAUGAGUAGUUUCUACAUUGGACUAGGCUCAAGGAUAAAUUGUAACAUUUUCAGCUUUGAUUACUCAGGUUAUGGAGCAAGUGGGGGUAAACCAUCAGAAAAAAAUAUUUAUGCAGACAUUGAUGCAGCAUGGCAGGCAUUGCGUACAAGAUAUGGGAUAAGCCCACAGAAUAUUAUUUUGUAUGGACAGAGUAUAGGUACAGUGCCUACUAUAGAUCUUGCGUCUCGAUAUGAAGUUGGAGCUGUAAUACUCCACUCGCCUUUGAUGUCAGGAAUGCGGGUUGCCUUUCCUGAGACUAAGAGAACCUGGUUCUUUGAUGCUUUCCCAAGCAUUGACAAGGUGUCGAAGAUUACUUCUCCAGUUCUAGUUAUUCAUGGGACAGAAGAUGAAGUAAUUGACUUUUCCCAUGGUCUGACAAUAUAUGAGCGCUGCCCCCGUACAGUGGAGCCAUUGUGGGUAGAAGGAGCUGGCCAUAAUGAUGUUGAAUUGUACGGACAGUAUCUUGAGCGCCUAAAACAGUUCAUCAACGUCGAGCUUGCAGUUAACUGA